UAAAGGCAAGAUUUAUUCAGGCGAUAAGCUUACUGAAGAAGCUAAAGCUGUUUGAGAAGCAUUACAGAUAAAGGAGAGCUUUUUGAAGCCAAGAAGUUUUGAAUCUUUUAAAGAAAAAGGAGUAUGUUGAAAGUCUUAGAAAAACCACAUUUAAUUUUCAAAUAAAAUAUUGCGCAUCAAAAUAAAAUUUACCUGAAUAUUCACAAAAUGUUUUCUGCUUAAUUCACAUGCAUCUAGCUUGCUGAAGAGAUUCAAAGAAUCAGGUACGAACACUACGAAGACCGUCGUCACCAACUAAUCUGGUCAAUAGACUCUGCCCUAAAAGCUCCAAAAUCCAAAUCCCCCACUCACAAAUCCAUCCUCACUAACAACAUUUCCAAGUACACCGACGCCUUCAACUCCCCUUCCAGAUCCUUCCCCCAAAAACCCGAGAUUCCUCCCAGAGUCCCUCUGGACCGCCUAGAGAUCCUUCACAAGCUCAAGGCAAAGCACCUCUAUAAUUCUGAGAAAUAACUCCCUUGUCCAGGCUAAUAAGGCGAAGAUACAGACAGAAGAAGACCAGAAGUUGGGCGUGAAGAGAAAGUUAGAGUGUGAAAAACAACAGAUACAGAAAGAAAUCUUUAUGCUUGAAGAACGGAAACGAGCAGAACGCUUAGCAAAAGCCCAGACUCGAAGACAGACUGUCGAGCAAAACAGAUUGGAAAAACUAAAGAAAUUUGAGAAAGAAAACAGACUCAGAUACAAGAGCCUUAAGCUGAAACUUCAGAAUAUAUCGAAGAAGAAGGACCAGAGACAGGACGAUGGGGACAGAGAAGGUAGCGGUAGUGGUCUAGGCAGAGGAGCAUAUCAAUCGGAGCAGAGAGAGAAGAAGGUAAAAGAAAGACUGAAUAGCAUAAGAAGAAUUGAGAAGAAUGAGGAAGAUGAAGUUGAGAAAAAGAUGAAUAAGUAUCUUAAGAAAAUGGCGAAAGCAGAAGAAGUCAAGCAUAAUUUCAUCUCUUCAAGACUUUCUUCAACUAUAGAUCAUCUUGAAAGAGUUAAUGAGAAGAAAAAGAGACACCUGAGUCUAACAAAUGACUUAUCAGUUAAAUCAAAGCAUAUGAGAUCUCUUACUGAUAAAUAUGAAAGAAGCCAAAGAAUUGGAGAAGACAAGCAGAUUAUGAGAUAUAAUAUCCAUCUUAAAAGAACUACAAAGCAAGAAAGAGCACAUAACAACAUUUUAGCAAGGGCCAGGGAAGAAAAGGAAAGAAUCAAAUCUUUGAAGAAGAAGAUUCUUGAAAAGGAGAAAUCAGGCCUCAAAGUGAAAGAGACAAUAGAUCUUGAAAAUGAGCAAAGGAAAGAAAUGCAAAAACUAAGAAGAGAGGAUCAUUACGAGAACUACAAAGUUCGUGAGAGUAAGUUCCAAAAUAUCUACAAGAAGAAAUUGAUCAACAAGUUGUUGGAAAAGAGGCACAGGAUUGAUAAAAUAAAGAAACAGCAGAACAGGAUCAUGAGUUUCGUCCACAAGAGCAAGAACCCUUCUUUAUAAGUUACUUAAGAGUAAUACAUUCUGAAAAGAU